AUAAUUACAUUGUGUACAAUUGAAAUUACCUCUCAAUAACCUCUUCUAAUUUUUUUACACCCUUAAUUGUGGAGUUAUUUUAGAAAUUUAGCAGUACUUGAUUUGGGAUUAGAAAUAGGAAAAGGCUCGGAUCUCAGAAAGAAACGGAAAGGAAAGAUCUAGAAAUUUAGGAGUUUUAAACUUUCUCUUUCACAGAAUACAAAACCCUAAAACUACCAACGUCACCCAACCACCACAACCUCCCUUAAUAGCCGCCGCACCACCAUAACCACCAACUCCCCACCCGCGACCAACCUCCGACCACUACCGCCGCGCCGCAUCGUCUCCGACGCCAACCAGAACCAUCUCAUCCACCCUUCAUCCGCCAUCUUCAUUCUUAGGAACUUUGGCUUCGAGCAUUUAUAAAGGUGCAGAGACAGAACAUUAAAGCUGCUGGUGCUUUGAUUCUGCUAUGGAACAUUGAGGCAAAGCUCAGCAUCUUAAACCCUGUAACUGUGAGAGUACAGUCUCUUGCUUGCGCCUUUGCAGUGAGAGUGAUGUCUUUUAUAUACCAUGGUGAUUCGGUGAAUGGAGAUAAUGCUUUGUGCGCCUUGAACCACAAAAUUAGUAUUUUCAACCUCUACACUUAAUUUUCCUUUCUUCUUCCCUUCAUUGCAAUCUGUUACCUAUAGUAUUUUCUAGAACCACAAAAUGCUUCAACACCAAAUUGUUCAGUCCCCUGCUAGGCUAGGCCUCGCAAAUCCUAACUCCCCAUCAAUUCCAAACCCUACCCCUCCGAAGCUCCCUCCAACACAGACCCAUCACCCCCAAGACCGCAACUCCUCAACCCCUUCUUCAGCUCUCUUGUCUCUCCUCCCACCCCUCCCCAGAGCCCAAGCACUUCUUGCCCAAAUGGCUUCCUUAGCUUCCAAGCUCUUUGAUGUUUCCCCUAAUCGGUCCCUUUGGGUCACCGCCUUCCGUGGAUCCCUUCCAACUUUCCUCUCUUCUCAUUCGUCUACCCCACUUGACACUUCUCCUUCUAAUGCCAAAGAAAUCAUCUCCCUUUUUACUGUUCUCCAAACCCAAAUCUUUGAAGCUGUUGCUGAACUCCAAGAGAUUCUUGACCUCCAAGAUGCCAAGCAAAAGAUUGACCGCGAAAUUCGCUCCCAAGAUUCAACACUUCUUGCAUUUGCCAACAAACUCAAAGAGGCUGAGAGCUGCCUCGAUAUCCUUGUUGACGAUUACUCUGAUUACCGCCGCUCCAAGCGAUCAAAAUCUGGAGAUGAUGAUUCCAUGACUUCAUCAACUGUCUCGUCUCAGCUGAAGCUGUCGGAUAUAUUAUCAUAUGCCCACCGGAUAAGUUACACCACCUUUGCACCACCAGAAUUUGGAGCUGGCCAAGCUCCUCUCCGUGGCGCACUGCCACCUGCGCCACAAGAAGAGCAAAUGAGAGCUUCGCAAUUGUAUAAUUUUGCUGACCUUGAUGUUGGAUUGCCUAAAGAAGUUGAAACCAAGGAGAAAAUUGUUGAAGCUAUUGUUGAGCCUCCACCACAGGUGGAUACCAAUGCAGUUCCGAAUUUGUCUGCAUUUCAAGGAAUGUUACCUCCGAUGCCACCUGGCUGGAAGCCGGGAAUGCCUGUGCAACUGCCAAUUGAUUUGCCACUGCCCCCGCCUGGGUGGAAACCAGGGGAUCCUGUGCCAUUGCCUCCCAUGGACUCGCUUCAAAUACCGAGAUUUGCAGAGCAACAAAUGCAACCUCACAUUCCUCAGCCCAAACAACCAGAAGUUAUUCAAGUGCAACCAGUUAAUUUGGACCUUGGAGGAAGUGAUACUAGUGAUUAUAGUAGUGAUGAUGCCAGCUCUGAUGAUGAAGAUUGACAAGUUUGCAAAACUGAUCAAUCUCAAAUUAAAUACUCUACAGGAGGGCUAUUGAGAGAGAAAAGGACUAAGAAGUAUGAGCAGUAGGGGCUGGAAUUGAAGCAUCCCUAGACAUCUAGCUACAUCAAUCAAUUUGAGAAAAUAAUCCAUUGCCCAUUGGUAACCCACCAAGAUUUUGUUUCUUACUUCAUUUACUUUUUUGUCCAAACUCAGCCUGUAGAAGCUAAAUUUUUAACAAGUUAAUUCUGAUAUUUUUCUGUGUAUAUAUUGUUCUCACUUAUUAUUACUGCAUUCUGUAGAGGUAGCUAUUGAGUUCAAUGUUUUGAUUUGAAACCUCUGAAUUAACGGAAAAAAUAGGUUCAUGGUUCUUCUAUUUUAUGCUGUUAGUUUGGAAAUUUUUAUUUGUAAUUACAGCAUAAUGCUGUAUCCGUAAUUACGGUCCUCAUUUACGGUGUGUUUGGUAGAGAAAGAGAGAAAUAAUAUUGGAGAGGAAUUUUGUACUUUUUUUUGGGACCUACA